AUGUCGCUGUCUCUCUCACGGUCCCUUCCCAGGGCCCUUCUGAAGAGGUCCUAUGGCACCGUGCAAGCUCCUCCCAGCGCUGCCUCCCUCGCAGCCAACCGUAUCUCUCCCGCUCUCCAGGAAGCCACCGCCGCAACCGCCCCGCGCACCAACUGGUCGCGCGAAGAGGUGCAGCAAGUCUAUGAGACGCCAUUGAACCAAUUGACCUAUGCUGCGGCUAUCGUCCACCGUCGCUUCCAUGACCCCGCCGCCAUCCAAAUGUGCACGCUGAUGAACAUCAAAACCGGCGGCUGCAGCGAAGACUGCUCGUACUGCGCGCAAUCCUCGCGGUACACGACAGGGCUGAAAGCCACGAAGAUGAGCCCCGUCGACGAAGUGCUCAAGGCGGCCCGCAUCGCCAAAGACAACGGCAGCACGCGGUUCUGCAUGGGCGCCGCCUGGCGCGACAUGCGCGGCCGCAAGACCAGCCUGAAGAACAUCAAAGAGAUGGUGUCGGGCGUGCGCGGCAUGGGCAUGGAGGUGUGCGUGACGCUGGGCAUGAUCGACGAGACGCAGGCCAAGGAGCUCAAGGACGCCGGCCUCACCGCGUACAACCACAACCUCGACACCUCGCGCGAGUUCUACCCGUCCAUCAUCUCGACGCGCUCCUACGACGAGCGCCUGCAGACGCUCGCCCGCGUCCGCGACGCCGGCAUCAACGUCUGCUCGGGCGGCAUCCUCGGCCUCGGCGAGGCGGACGCCGACCGCAUCGGCCUCCUCCACACCGUCGCCAACCUCCCCGCCCACCCGGAGUCCUUCCCCGUCAACGCCCUCGUCCCCAUCAAGGGCACCCCGCUCGGCGACCGCAAGAUGAUCUCCUUCGACAAGCUGCUGCGCACCGUCGCCACCGCCCGCAUCGUCCUCCCCGCCACCAUCGUCCGCCUCGCCGCCGGCCGCAUCUCCCUCUCCGAGGAGCAGCAGGUCGCCUGCUUCAUGGCCGGCGCCAACGCCGUCUUCACCGGCGAGAAGAUGCUCACCACCGACUGCAACGGCUGGGACGAGGACCGCGAGAUGUUCGACCGCUGGGGCUUCUACCCCAUGCGGAGCUUCGAGAAGGAGGCUGCCGCGCAGCUCCAGCCCCAGCCCCAGGAGGCCGUCAACAAGACCGAGUCUGUUGCCCAGGAGAUUGCUUCUGCUGCGCCGGCCGCAGCGAGCUCGUAA